UGGCCCAUGCCUUUCUGGACCAUUCCUCACUGAAAAGGGGGGAUGUUGUGGCUUUGUUGAUGAGCAAUGAGCCCGACUUCAUUCAUGUGUGGUUUGGUCUGGCUAAACUGGGCUGCGUGGUGGCGUUCCUCAACUCCAACAUUCGUUUCAAUUCCCUCAUACACUGCAUCUGCACCUGUGAGCCCACGGCCGUGGUGGUUGGCGAAGAUCUGCUUGGAAGCAUAGAAGAAAUCCUUCCCAGCCUCCCUAAACACAUUAGUGUUUGGGGAAUGAAGGAUUCUGUCCCACAGGGUAUAGAAUUCCUCAAAGAAAAGUUGAGCCUUGCCUCUGAUGAGUCAAAUAGCCAUCACAUCACGUCAAGCCUCAAGUCUACUUGCCUAUAUAUUUUUACCUCUGGAACAACAGGUCUACCCAAAGCAGCUGUGAUUAGUCAGUUGCAGGUGUUGAAGGGAUCUUUUGGGUUGUGGGCUUUUGGCUGCACAGCUGAUGACAUCAUUUAUAUAACCCUCCCUCUAUACCAUAGCUCAGGGGCUCUCCUUGGAAUUGGUGGCUGUAUAGAGUUGGGUGCCACAUGUGUACUAAAGAAGAAAUUCUCUGCGAGCCAAUUUUGGAAUGAUUGCAAGAAGUACAAUGUGACUGUGUUUCAGUACAUUGGAGAACUUUGCCGUUAUCUGUGCAAACAACCUCAGAGAGAAGGGGAAAAAGACCAUCAGGUGCGUUUGGCAGUUGGAAAUGGCAUGAGCAAUGAUGUGUGGAGACAGUUUUUAGACAGAUUCGGAAAUAUUAAAAUGUGCGAAUUUUAUGGUGCUACCGAAGGGAACAUAUGUUUCAUGAACCACACCGGGAAGAUUGGAUCAGUCGGGAGAGCAAACUUCUUUUACAAGCUUUUUUUUGCUUUUGAGUUGAUAAGGUAUGACUUUCAAAAAGAUGAACCAAUGAGGAAUGAUGAAGGCUGGUGUCACCGGGUGAGAACAGGAGAACCUGGACUUCUCAUUUCUCGUGUACAUACGAAGAAUCCGUUCUUUGGCUAUGCUGGUUCUUACAAGCACACAAAAAGCAAGCUGCUUUUUGAUGUUUUUAAGAAGGGAGAUGUUUACUUCAACACAGGAGACCUAAUGGUCCAAGAUCAUGAGAACUUCCUUUAUUUUUGGGACCGUAUUGGAGACACAUUCAGGUGGAAAGGAGAAAAUGUUGCAACCACAGAGGUCGCUGAUGUGAUCGGGAGGUUGGACUUCAUACAGGAAGCAAAUGUGUAUGGUGUGCCUGUGCCCGGUUAUGAAGGAAAAGCAGGGAUGACUUCUAUUAUUCUAAAACCAAAUAAGUCUUUAGACUUAGAAAAAAUGUAUGACCAAGUUGUAACAUCUCUACCAGCUUAUGCCUGUCCACGAUUUUUAAGAAUUCAGGAUAAGAUGGAAACAACAGGGACUUUCAAGCUACAGAAGAUGCAAUUGGUGGAAGAAGGAUUUCAUCCACUGAAGAUUUCUGACCCACUUUACUUCAUGGAUAACUUGAAAAAAUCUUAUGUUCCAUUGACCAAAGAAAUUUAUAAUCAGAUAAUGGUAGAGGAGCUUAAACUUUAAGAUUCUAUUUAUAGGACUUUGAUUCCUUCCUGGGAAAGAUGAAGGAAGACACAUGAGCUUCUUGAUUGACAUCCAAGGAGGGCUCCUUUCAUCAAUCAAUCAUAAAUUGAAAGUAUCAUACAUGAAGAGUACAUUUGCUAUACCUGAGCUUUCAAGGCUAGUACUUCUCAGCACAGUGAGCAAUGAGAUAUGAGAAGUUCACCUUAUGCUCAUGAGGCUGACUUGGGGAUACUGCCCACAGUUGCUGCCCAGGAUCACCAAAAGGUGUCCUACUGCGUAGCAUGUGGUCUCCUUCUGGAGACCACAAUUCAAAAUACAGUGUUUUCUGGUUACAUUUGGGAAAUAAAGCCAAUCAGUCCACAGUAUUAUCCCAUGACUCUGAGACUGUAGGAAAGGUGAUAAUUUACUCUGAAGCAGAGGUGGGGAAGUAGUAUCCAGCAUGUACUACAUUCCUUUCAAAGGCAAAAGUUCCUUGAGUUUAAUAAGGCUUAAAUUUGCUUCAUCUCAUAUUAACUUUAGCUGCUUUUUUUCAAUUUGAAGAUUCACAGCAUAACUAAAUGCUUGCCUUAAUAGUGAAGAUUUUAAAUAAUACAUAAGUAGUUAACAGGUAAUCACUUAAAAUGCUUUCUAAUAUGUGAAUAUUAUACUUUUCAAUGAAUAAUAAAAUUUUUACUCAGUUUGUUUUUACAUGUUCUAUCUUGUAACUCAAUAAAAUCAUCUUUAGUAAUA